CUAGCUGAAUUUUUCACUGCCUUCUCUCUUAUUACUACUCAUUUCAAGCUCUAAACUACCACAUUUUUUUCUUUCUAGCAAGAUGGCCAAGUCACCGGAGGAACAACACCCUGUUAAGGCUUUUGGGUGGGCAGCCACUGACCCUUCUGGUCAUCUCACCCCCUUCAAAUUCUCCAGGAGGGAAACAGGUGAUGAAGAUGUGAGAUUUAAGGUGUUAUAUUGUGGGAUAUGCCACUCUGAUCUUCACAGUAUCAAAAAUGAAUGGGACAACUCUACCUACCCUUUGCUUCCUGGGCAUGAAAUUGUUGGAGUAGUGACAGAAGUGGGUAGCAAAGUGAAGAAAGUAAAAGUAGGAGACAAAGUUGGUGUUGGAUGUAUGGUGGGUGCAUGCCACUCCUGCGAGAGUUGUGUCAAUAAUCUUGAAAACCACUGUUCAAAAAUGCUACUUACUUACAAUUCCAUCUACACUGAUGGAACAAUCACAUAUGGAGGAUAUUCUGAUCAUAUGGUUGCCAAUCAACGCUACAUUGUUGUGUUCCCUGAUGGUAUGCCACUUGAUGCUGGUGCUCCUCUUCUCUGUGCUGGGAUCACCGUUUAUAGCCCCUUGAAAUAUUUUGGAUUAGCUGAACCAGGGAAGCACAUUGGCGUCGUCGGCCUCGGUGGGCUUGGUCACGUGGCUGUUAAAUUUGCCAAGGCUUUUGGCGCUAAAGUGACAGUGAUUAGUACCUCUCCAAGCAAGAUGAAAGAAGCUUUGGAACAUCUUGGUGCUGAUUCAUUUUUGGUUAGCCGUGACCCAGAAAAAAUGCAGGCGGCUACGGGAACUUUGGAUGGUAUAAUUGAUACAGUGUCUGCAGUUCAUCCCAUUAUGCCACUGCUCAGUCUGUUGAAUUCCAAUGCAAAACUUAUUAUGCUUGGUGCCCCAGAAAAGCCACUGGAGUUGCCUGUCUUUUCGUUACUUAUGGGAAGAAAGACGGUGGCCGGCAGUAUUAUAGGAGGAAUGAAAGAGACACAAGAGAUGAUUGAUUUUGCAGCAAAACACAACAUAACGGCUGAUAUUGAAGUUGUUCCAAUGGAUUAUGUGAACAAAGCUAUGGAGAGACUUGCUAAGGCUGACGUUAGAUACCGAUUUGUCAUUGACAUUGGGAAUACCUUGGCAGCUACCAAGCCUUGAUGACUAUAUUGGCGUAUUUCUAAGUUUUAUUGCAUUGCUUUCAAGGUUUUUGAGUGCUAAAAUACAGAAAUUUCCUCAUAGAUUUAUGUAACAGAGUAUCUCUACAUGUAUUACAAUAUUUUGAGUUGUGAUUGAAAUAAAUAACAAAUGCUUUUUAUUCUAA